AACAGCAAAGCGAAAGAGAGGAAAAGAUCUAGUCAGAUGGUGAAAAUAUAGCCAAAGGUGGAGAGAAGAGGACGAAGCAAGAGAUAAAAAGCAGGUUGUAGGAGCUACUUGCACCAUGGCUGGGAGGUGGAUGGGUGUGGUGUGUCUGAUGAUCGUUAUGGAGUUCCCUGCCAUGGUGAUGCCAACACCAGGUCUGCCACUGCCAGACAUCACCGAUGAAAAGUUUAUAGAUGACUGUGUGAAAAGCCACAACCUCAAUCGGUCUAGGGUGAAACCGGCAGCGGGCAACAUGCGCUAUAUGACUUGGGAUGCAGCACUGGCAAUAACGGCAAGAGCGUGGGCAAGAAUGUGCGUCUUUGACCACAAUAUUUACCUGAAGGAUGUGAAGAAGGUGCACCCCACCUUCCCAUCUGUGGGGGAGAAUCUCUGGACGGGAUAUCCACCUAACACCUUCUCUGUGGAGGAGGCCAUGAAGUCAUGGGUGGAUGGCGAGUUAAAAGACUAUAAUUAUGACCACAACUACUGCACACCAGGCAAACCGUGUGGCCACUAUACCCAGGUGGUGUGGGCCGACAGCUAUAAAGUUGGGUGUGCUGUCCAUAUUUGUCCUGAUGGAGUCAAAGGCUUUAGCGAAGGUCAUGCCAGUGCCCAUUUUUUGUGCAACUACUCGCCAGCGGGGAACUUUCAGGGUGAGAAGCCAUAUCUAACGGGAGGAAAAUGCAGCAAAUGUGCUGCUACUGACACAUGUGACGGCUCACUCUGUCAUGACCCAACCCGAGAUGCAAUCAGACGCUACCACUGGAGCCCAGAAUGGGAUCCGGAGAAGACCACCUGCGGCACCUUCUGCCUGGCAGUGCUCGUCCUGAGGCCAGUGGCUCUCCUGCUCAUCUUCGCCUCCGCAUACACAAUCAAGAUGCAAUACCCAAACAUAUUUGUCUAUGAAUGACACACGUAAUGCACAGGCUGGGGGCUUUAAUGGUUCAUGACAGGAUGUCCUGUUCUGAUCACCCUGACUUUAUUUGGCCAAAAGCAGUUAGUUGAAAAUUGUCCCUAAGGUCUGUGCCUUUUGCUCUUAUGAAAACUAGAUGUGAAGUGUUAAGUAGAUAUAGAUAACUUAUCUAUAUCUACUUAACACUUCACAUCUAGUUUAUCUAGUCUAUAGAUAAAUUAUUUUCAUAUCUCGUCAAAGCUUAAAGAUCCAGAGAACCUCUCACUGUAGUGAUUUCUUGUUAGAAUCAGUGCCUCUUCCACAAGGGGAAGCCCUCUCAAUGCCCAGCCCUCGUCGAUCAGAGAUACAGUAGAGUGACUGGCUGAUUGAAAAUGCUAUGACACAGGUGCAUCAUCAUUCUCCUGAUAGCACUCAAAUGUUCCAAGACUCUGGCUCAUAAUGUUGGUGUAGUUUUAUCAUACAGAAAUGGACAGGGAACAAAUUAAGAGAAAUUACUAAAGCCCAUCUACAAGUACUAAAUUACUAAAUCCUGUAUGUUUUCAGUGUGUGUUCAUGUGUAAAAUGUUUAGGAUAAUUAAAUCUUACAAUGCAAGAUG